AUGAGUGAUCCACCACCACCAGAUCCAGUAGUUGCUGAAGCACCAGCUGAACCAGCUGUUGAACAACAACAAGAAGGUAAAUUGCUGCUAAGUUCGUGUAAACUAGUUUUUUGGCUAAAGUUUGUGAAAAGCUGACUUAUGUUAUUGGGGUUAAUUAAAUAAACCGUUAUUUCUUAAAUUAAAAGGAAUAACACGUUAUAUUUUAGCAGAACAAGCAGCACCACCGGCGGAACCACAAGUUCAAGUAGAGCCACCUCAAGUGCCAGCUCCUAAUGCAAAGGAUGCACCUCAACCCAGUCCUCAAAACUCUAUCAAGCUUGUUGAGAUUUUAGCUCCAGAAUCUACGGUAAGUUAAAAAUUUGUUUUUUUCUUAUUUUAAAUUUUAGAAAAGUCCUGCUGAACUCUUUGUUGAGUUAUUGGAGAAAGAGCUGGGGAUUGCGCUUAUUUCUCUUGGUGAAUACGUUACUAUCAUAUUGAUGUAUAUUAUUCAGAACGACCCGAAUCAGGUGAGGUUUUAAAAAAACGUAUUUUUUAUAAUAGAUGGUUUAACUAUCAUUUUUUAAACCUUUUAUAUUGUUUUAGGCAAGGUAUGCAGUGCUUCGAAGCGAACAUGCUUACAAAGACUGCCCUGAACUUCGGAAGCUGUAUGAAUUAGCCGAAGCUGCUUAUAACAAGGAUUUAUCUCAGUGUUUGCUAUGGAUACGGAGUAAUCCAGUUCAUGAAUCGUUCUUGUAUGUCUAAAAGGUUUAUAAUAUUAUCUAUGCUACAUUUUUUCUUUAUUUCAUUUAAUUUUUGAUAUAUUUUUGAAAAAAAUAUUUAUUUUUUGAAUUUAAGAGAUUAAUUUUUAAACUUCUCGAUCUAAUUAUGUCAUUUUAGCCCAUAUAUGAGUGAAGUAAGGCGACGAAUCACAGCUCAAAUGUUGACCAACAUCAAAAAUGGCUUCAGGAGCAUCACAUACAUGAACGUUUGCUCUCUUAUGCACGUAAGGGAGGAUGAUGAAGAUAUGUUAAAAUGUGUACAACAAUCUCAAUGGGAACUGUCAGACAUUGGUAUUGUGACACCAGCUGAUACUGCCGGCUUCAGACAGCUAGUUGCAUCGUUACAUGAUCCAGUUUUUGGAAUGGAAAAGUCAAAAACUCAAGCACGCAAGCAAAAUGGUGCCGUUUUGGACAAUCUGGUGCGGUAUUCCGGGUUCUUGGAUCGGAAUUAG